AUGACCUCCAUCCUCAUCACCCAUAUUAUUAGUCCGCUAACCUUUAUUGUACCAGUACUUCUAGCAGUUGCUUUUCUAACCCUAAUUGAACGCAAAGUCCUAGGCUACAUGCAAUUACGAAAAGGACCAAAUGUUGUAGGCCCAUAUGGACUCCUACAGCCCAUCGCAGACGGACUAAAACUAUUUAUUAAAGAACCUAUUCGUCCCUCAACCUCCUCCCCCCUCUUAUUUACUAUGGCCCCUAUUCUAGCCCUUACUUUAGCACUCACCCUAUGGGCCCCUAUGCCUAUACCAUACCCUGUAGUAGACCUAAACUUAGGUAUCCUAUUUAUCCUUGCCUUAUCAAGCCUCGCAGUAUACUCUAUUUUAGGAUCAGGCUGAGCAUCCAAUUCAAAAUAUGCAUUAAUUGGGGCCCUUCGGGCAGUAGCCCAAACCAUUUCAUAUGAGGUCAGCCUUGGAUUAAUUCUACUAAACAUUAUUAUUUUUACUGGUGGCUUCACACUUCAAACCUUUAACGUCGCCCAAGAAAGUACAUGACUAAUUCUACCCGCCUGACCUCUCGCCGCAAUAUGAUAUAUUUCAACCCUAGCAGAAACAAACCGUGCCCCCUUUGAUUUAACCGAAGGAGAAUCAGAACUCGUAUCAGGGUUUAAUGUAGAAUAUGCAGGAGGCCCUUUCGCCCUAUUUUUCCUGGCAGAAUACGCUAACAUCCUCCUCAUAAAUACGCUAUCCGCCACUAUAUUUUUAGGAGCCUCCCACUUUCCUUUAAUACCCGAACUGACAACAGUUAACAUAAUAAUUAAAGCAACCCUUCUUUCAAUUGUCUUCCUAUGGGUUCGAGCCUCAUAUCCUCGGUUCCGUUACGACCAACUAAUGCAUCUAAUCUGAAAAAGCUUCCUUCCCCUCACCCUAGCUCUCGUUAUUUGACACUUAGCACUUCCCAUUGCAUUCACAGGGUUACCCCCACAACUAUAA